UUCAACAUGCCUCCGAAAAGGCCGCUCCCGCGCAAAAGACAGACUACCAUCAAUUUCUCGUCCACCCCGAAAUCUGCGCCAAAAGUUAUCAAGCGCAUUGAGCUCAGCGAUAGCGAGGAAGAUGAAAUCUCACCGGAUAGGCCUGCGAAGCGCAGGAGAUUUGAGGAGGAGACAGAGCGCGGAAUGAAAUUGGGCAUGCCAACGCAGAGGGGGGGUAUGUUUGACAGCUCAGACGUUGACCCUGAUCUGCUCUCUAGCUCGACCAACUCAGACGGGUCAGCCUCUAAGACAGUCAGGACAAGCAAGUCUGGGAAUAGCAAGAAGAAGCAGAAAAAGCGAAAAAAGGGCAAAAGAAAGACUAAGAAUGAGUCGAGCUCCGAUGAAGAGAGCGAGGGUGUGGUCGAGGUGGUGGUGCCACCAAAGAAGACCCGGUCGCGAAGGUUGCGCAAGGAAGUGACACCGGAAGAAGAAAGCGCGAAUGAAGUUCAAGUGGUUACACGCCACAAAACCCAUACGAAGGGAAAGCGCAGAUCACCAAUUCCUGUGGAUGACAGCGACGAGCAGAAGGAGGAAGAGGAAGCGCCUCGAAGAAGAACCCGCCACGGUCGAGCAAUUGUACGCAAAUCUACACCAGAAGAAGUUUCCUCCGAAAAUGACCAGUCUGGAAGCGAGCAGGGAGAGGACCAAGGUACACCAGAUGGUGGGGGCGAUUCAGAAGAGGACGAGUUGAAGGAAGAGCUUGCUUUCCUCCAAUCAUCCCCUGUCGCCGAUAGAGGCAGGCUGCGAAGCACUGGAAAUAAGGUGAAGAGCAGCCGCGAGAUGGCAUUAGAAGCUCUCAAGAAACGGCGAGCCGACACAAAUGAACCAUCAUCGUCGGCCGCUACCCCAGGUCGCAAAAAACCGGUCAUUCAUGAUUCAGACUCAGAAUCAGGACCAGACCUACAGGUCAUCAAAGAGGAAGAUUCUGACAUUAACGAUGAUGAAGAUGAGAAUGAAGAAGAAGAUGAGAUUGAGGAUAGUGACGAUAAUACGACAAACGCUCAUGACAUCUUCCGCUCAACUAAUGAAGACGACGAUUUUAUUGUCGAUGAGGAUGAAGGACCAUUAGGUGCCCCUGCUCACGAUACCCAAAUGCCUCUUGAGUUCACUUCAAUGAGCACCGCAAAACCUCGCGACUUGUUCAAGUAUGCGGUCGAAUGGUCGGUGCAUAAAAAGAUCAACCCGAGCUUCGAUUCGUCGGAUCAAAUAUACGAACUUACUUUCCGCAAAUUGGACGACGAAGCCAAUGGACUGGCAAAUUCCAAAUUUCAUUCCACGGCGUGGCAAAGCGAUUUCUCCCGCGCGAUUCAUGCGCGACCUGAAUUCAUCGCUAAUGAGAUUGGACGAGGCAUGAAAGACGUCCUCGAAGCUCAUUGCGAAGCAUGCAACCGAAAGAACCAUCCCGCAUCGUGGGAGAUUUCUCUCACUGGUCCAGCGUACCUUAAGGAAACGCAGGAACCGGUCGAAGAAGAGUCCGACAAUUCUGAUGAUUCCAAUGAUGACAGCGACGACUCCUCUUCACUAUCUUCUACUUCCUCUUCUGGUGAGAAGGCUAUCUACAACGCUGUCGGCGAACGCAUCCCCCCUGAGUCUAAAACCUUCACCUUGGGAUCCACAUGCAAAGCCAACGCGGAAGUCACACAUACUCUACUUCACUGGCGGUACCACCUCCACGGCUGGGUGGUGGGGUACCUCGAACGUGAGGGCCACUUCAAGCCAGAGCAGUUGGUUAAGAGAGAAAAGUGGAGUGAUCGCAAACGCUUCAAGAGGGCCAACAAGAUUGUCGACCGCAUGGAGAAGGACGGCGAGAUUAGGAGGUUGCACCGCUUAUAUAAACAGCGAAUUGAUUUCGCGACCGAGGCUAAGAACGAGUUCAGCGAGGGAUGGGGGCGACGGAGGGGCUAA